AUGAGUUCCAUGUCAGCCAGCUCCGCGCGGGCAGAUAAUGGCAAUUCUACCGCUACCUGCACGUAUCCUUCUUCCGUUUCUUAUAUGGCCAUGCCGUCUCACCACCAUCCCGUGGGAGUACCCCACGGGUCGGACACCGGCCGACUCGUUCUGCAUGGCCACCGUGCCGGCUCCGAAGCGAGAAACAUGCCGUUUUCGAAUCGCUCGCGAAUGUCUGCUCCGUCGCAUGAUGGCUUCUCAACAUCGUUUGGCGCUGCAGGCGAGGCACUCUCGAUGGGCGACCGGCACCGAAUGGUGCCCGGCCCCCAGCACCCUCUAGAGGGGGCGUCUGAUCUGGAUAUGAAGCCCAACAUGAGCUAUACCAUGCCUGCCAGCUCGACGGGAUCGAUGGAGGCAGCUGCAAAACAGUACGGCCUGGCGGGCCACCGCCGUGCCGACCACUCACGACAUGGGUUGGAAGAAUCCCCACCGCCUCCGCUCACGCACCCCUCGUCGUCAUCACCCUCUUCGUCCGUGAACGAUGAUCCCGAAGCGAAGGAGAUGCCUCACCAGAUGCUGCACAAAUGCGAGAGCUGCUCCAAAGUGUACCGCCACCCCAGCUGCUUGAUCAAGCAUCGUUGGGAACAUACCAUGUACUGGAAAGAGGCGUCCAAGUUUCUCAUGAGCAAGCAUCAGCAGGUGCAGCUGCUUGAAGCCGCUGCUAUUCUCGUCGGCAUGGACUCGAAUGCGCGCUCGCUGCCGGAAGAAAAGGCUUUGUGGCCUGCCGCCGUCAGCCCGCCGUCUUCAGGCUUGCUUGGCUGCGAGUAUGUCAACUUUGACACGCUUAUGGCCACCAAGGCACGCAACGCGGCGAUGUAUCAUGACUCUUCUCGCAUGCAGUAUGGCACCUCGGCGCCGUCCGCCUCGUCGAUGCCCAGUGUCCACAUGCAUGCGUCGCCGAGCAAGCACCGGGCGCACCAUGCGUUGGAUGAGACGGUGGAGGAAGGAGACGAUUCCGGCGAACUCGACUUGAGUGCGCGAGAAGACACGUAUGGACUGCACUCGGGUGGUGAUGUCAUGGCUGACAUGGACAUGGAUGCCGAUGAAUGA